UCGCUUGCAAGACUGGUGACGUUUAAAGGAGCCCGAAAAGCCUUUAUAAAGUGACAACAUUUUUCGGAAGAGACACAGAACGCCUUUGAGUGUCGAAAAGAAACGCAAGUGUGGAAUAUUGAGAAUCAUGAAAUUCUUUUUGGUUUUAGCCAUCCUGUCGCUGGGACAAGCCGCCGAGUUGCCCCAGACCACGGAAACCGCAGCUACAACCACAACGGGGAAACCCCAGCUGCCCAUUCACAUCCAGAACCUGAUAACCAGCCACAUCAAUCAUGUACUCCAGCAUAUAAAGAACAAACCUCAGGACACGAAUACACUGAGUGGGCCGGUGGAUUGGAAUGGGAGUGGGAGUAAGAGUGGGUCGCCAGUGGUCAAGCCCCAUCCAGAUCUCCUUCCACCACUGGCACACUCUGGUGAUGUCCUUGCCACUCCCCCUGCCGACACACCAACGCCUUCACCUGCGCUGCAAUCUGGCCUACAGUCGGUGCAAGUUGGCAAUCCACAGGUGAAGAUUACCAAUCACCAGGCUACCGGGACGCUAAUCCAUCAAGGACGUCCGGUGGUGCAGAACAAGGUGGUGAUGCCGCCUGUGGACCAAAUAGUGCUCUCACUUCCUGGUCAAGAACCCAUCAAUGUGGCCGAAAAGCUGAACAAACUUCAACAGCAUGUGAACAAGGUGAUGCAACAGGCUGAGAAGCACAUUCCCUUGGCUGUCAACCAGGCCAUUAAGCAGAAAAAGGAACAGGAGGCUCAAAAAGAAAAGGAACAGGAUAAAAACAAGGAAGAUAAAGAUGACCACAAGGAUCCAGAGCCUACUGAAACCGCAUCCCAAUCAAAUGUCUCCAAAACGGGUCGUUCUUUGGUAAUUCCAGAUAAAGUAUCCAAUAUCGUCAACCAAGUCCAUGCCCACAUUCCCCAACUGAUUGCCCAACAUCGCGAGGAAAUGAAGCUGGGAAAAUGCAAUUUCCAGUGUCCCAAGGAAUCUUUAUCCAUCUGUGCCAGCAAUGGCAAAUGCGUGGUCAAAUUUCCAGGACAAUGUGAGCUGAGUCAGUGGAACUGCUUUAACACCAAGAAUGUUUUCCAUCAGGUUCACGAUGCCGAAUGCCAAAACACUAUUACUUGCUAUAAGAGGGAUAUGAUGUAGGUGAUUCUUCAGGAAGUCUCAGC